AUGUCUGCCUCUUUGACCGAAACGCAGAAGAAGGUGGCUGCGAUUUGGGGUGAGGUUUUGCCAAACAUCACUGCGAGAAUGCUUUUGCCCAAGUCCAACUUCUUUGAAGAUGGCGGUCACUCCAUCCUGGCCCAGCAGAUGCUGUUCAAGGUCCGCAGAGAAUGGCCUGACAUUGAUAUUCCAAUGAGCGCCAUUUUCCAGUCACAGACCCUGGAGGAGUUUGCUGCUGAGAUUGACCGUGCCCAAGAUCCUACCGGCCUCCGCCUCGACCAAAACGUUGACCUUGCCUCGUCUAUUGCGGAUCAAGCCUACUCGGCUGAUGCUCGCGAGCUCGCUGAGAAGCUUCCGGCUACGAUUGCGAAGUCUACGGAACCCGAGCCCACCACCACCCUUCUUACUGGCGCGACUGGAUUCCUUGGCUCAUACAUCCUUCACACCCUUCUUUCCACUAGCAACCAAAUGCGUGUGAUCGCUCAUGUGCGGUGCAAGGAUGCUCCUUCAGGUCUUCAGCGUCUGAAGGGCAUCGCGGAGACCUAUGGGCUCUGGCGCGAGGAAUGGGCGAGCCGAAUCCAAGUCGUGCCCGGUGACAUCUCCAAGCCUCAGCUUGGCAUGUCCACAGAGGAUUGGGAUCGCCUUGCCCAAGAGGUAGAUUUGAUCGUCCACAACGGAGCACAGGUCAACUGGAUGCUGCCCUAUUCCAGCCUGCGCCCCGCCAACGUUCUCAGUACCAUGGAGUGUGUGACUCUUUGCAACAGCGGCAAGCCCAAGCGCCUGGCGUUCGUCAGCUCAACAUCCACUCUGGACACUGACCACUUCGUCAGCCAGUCCCGACAAGGCUCGAAGGUUCUUGAGACUGACAACCUUGAAGGCAGCGCUAAGGGUCUCGGUACCGGUUACGGCCAAUCUAAGUGGGCCAGUGAGUACAUCGUUCGCGAAGCCGGCCGACGUGGACUUUCUGGUGUUGUCGUUCGCCCUGGUUAUAUCACCGGAGAUCCCGUCUCUGGUUUCUCCGUGACAGAUGACUUUCUCCUGCGUCUCUGGAAGGCCUGCAUUCAGGUCCAAGCGCGCCCCGACAUCCCCCAAAACACCAUCAACCAGGUUCCGGUUACACAUGUCAGCCGUGUUGUGGUAGCUUCAUUGCUCCACCCACCUGUCGAGCCCUUGGGAGUUGUGCAGGUCACUAGUCAUCCCCGCCUGACUACUAACCAGUACCUCGGCGCCUUAGAAACAUAUGGAUACAACACGCCGCAAGUUCCAUACCGCGAGUGGUGCACAUUAUUGCACAACUUCGUGGCCAAUGACAGCAACACCGGGUCGAAAGAACUUGCGCUCCUCCCCCUGUUCCAUUUCGUCGUUGGCGAUUUGCCAUCCCACUCCAUUGCCCCCGAGCUCGAUGAUGCACACGCCGCUAAGGCCCUGCGCUCUUUCGGCACCCCUCCUGAGCAACUGAAUGACCUUGCGGUGAACGAGGAGACUGCUGGUCGAUACUUGGCGUUCCUGAUCGCGACGGGAUUUAUUCCUGCUCCACCUGCCGCGGGCUCUAAGGCUAUUCCUGAAAUCGAUAGCCAAAGGCUUCAAGCCCUCGGCAGCCUUGGUGGCCGAUCUUCGAAGUAG